UAAAGCUGGAAAAGAAUCUACAAGUUAAUAAACCAAGAAGUUUGGAAUUGGAUUUAGGGAAUCUGGGCUUGGAAAUGCCUCAGCCCAGUGUGAGUGGAAUGGACCCUCCUUUUGGGGAUGCCUUUCGGAGCCACGUGUUUUCAGAGCAGACUCUGAUGAGCACGGAUCUCUUGGCAAGCAGUUCAGAUCCAGACUUCAUGUAUGAACUGGACAGAGAAAUGGACUAUCAGCAAAGCUCCAGAGACAACUUACUUUCAAUGGAGGACUGCAAAGACCUUGAGAACUUGGAGUCUUUUACGGACAUCCUGGACAAAGAAGCUGCUCUCACCUCAAAGUGGGAGCAGUGGGACACCUACUGUGAAGAUUUAACUAAGUACACUAAACUAACCAGCUGUGACAUCUGGGGAACAAAAGAGGUGGAUUACCUGGGUCUUGAUGACUUCUCAAGCCCAUACCAAGAUGAAGAGGUGAUAAGCAAAACACCGACACUGGCUCAGCUUAACAGUGAGGACUCCCAGCCUGUUUCUGAUUCACUCUAUUACCCUGAUUUGGUCUUUAAUGUAAAACAAAACCCUUUAAAUUCUUUCUUACCUGGCAAAAAAAUUGCAACCAGAGCAGCAGCUCCAGUCUGUUCCUCCAAGAACGUUCAGGCUGAGGCACCUUUGUCAGACUGUGUUCAGAAGGCAAGUAAACCAGCAACUCAGCCUGCUUCCAGUACACAAAUCAUGGCGAAGACCAAUGUGUACAACAAUGAAAAAGUGAACAUCCAUGUGGAAUGUAAAGACUAUGUUAAAAAGGCAAAAGUAAAGAUCAAUCCUUUACCACAGAGCAGACCAGUGCUGAGUCAGACACAUGCUGAUGCAGCAAAGGAGAACACCUGCUACUGUGGUGCAGUAGCAAAGAGACAAGAAAGAAAAGGAAUCGAGUCUCCACACAGUCACAGUACACCUCCUGUUCUGCCUUUUAAAGAGACUCAAGAACUGCUCCUCGGUCCACCCCAGGAAACCCCAGGGCUUACUGUGGGGGAGAGCAGUCUUUCUGCUAGCACAUCAGUGUCAGAUUCUUCACAGAAGAAAGAAGAGCACAACUAUUCUCUUUUUGUAACAGACAGUUUGGGUGAACAGUCUGCCAAAGGGGACCCUGAGGAAGAUGAUGAGGAUGAGGAUGAUAUUGAAGAUGAGGACCGUGAUGAAGGAUUUGGCAGUGAGCAUGAGCUGUCUGAAAACGAUGAUGAGGAGGAAGAUUAUGAGGAUGACAAAGACGACGACAUCAGCGAUACAUUCUCAGAACCAGCAGUAACACUUAGUGUGUCUUCAAAGGAUACUGACUUCCUCUCUUCUGCAUGUAGAAAUGGAGCCUUAACAACAGAAAUAAGAACUAACCUUCACCUAGAAGGGUAUGAAAAUGAUUCUGUGGAGGAUUUAAAAGAAAUGACUGCAAUAUCCUCUCGGAAGAGGGGCAAGCGGAGAUACUUCUGGGAGUACAGCGAGCAGCUAACACCGUCACAGCAGGAGAGAAUGCUGAGGCCAUCUGAGUGGAAUCGAGAUACGUUACCGAGUAACGUGUAUCAAAAGAAUGGUCUUCAUCAUGGGAAAUACGCAGCAAAGAAGUCACGGAGGACUGAUGUAGAAGACCUGACUCCCAACCCCAGAAAACUCCUCCAGAUUGGUAAUGAGCUGAGGAAGCUGAAUAAGGUGAUCAGUGACCUGACACCAGUCAGUGAACUUCCCAUAACUGCCAGACCAAGGUCAAGAAAAGAAAAGAACAAGCUGGCUUCCAGGGCUUGUAGACUAAAAAAGAAAGCCCAGUAUGAAGCCAAUAAAGUAAAACUCUGGGGUCUCAACACGGAAUAUGAUAAUCUGCUGUUUGUGAUCAACUCCAUUAAACAAGAAAUUGUUAAUCGGGUGCAGGUACCUAAGGAUGACAGAGGAGUCAACAUGGAACAGAAGUUGAACGUACUUAUUAAAGACACUCUUGGACUACCUGUAGCUGGACAGACAUCAGAAUUUGUGAAUCAGGUUUUAGAGAAGACUGCAGAAGGAGACCCCACCGGUGGCCUUGUAGGGCUACGAAUACCAAUGUCGAAAGUUUAAGACGCAACUUCAGCUGCUCUCAUCGGUCAGCUUCUACUUGUGUUGUCAAGUACUUCAUUGUAAAUUGCGUUCUGGUCUGCAUGUCAGCUUAGCAUUAUGUAGACACUUACAAUUAGGUCCAUUGGUUUUUAAAUAACAAUAUAGGAAAAGAAAUCAAAGCAUGAUAUAAAAUGCUUAAUGGCAUUUUUGGACCAUAAACCAGAUAGUUUCAAAGCUGCUUUAAGCUUAAAUACAGAAAUGAAGAUUCUCUUUUAAAUUAAGUCGUCUAGGACCAGAAUAUAUCACAUUUGUUUUAGAAGCAAAAAUGUGGGUUUGCUGGUAAAAAGAAAUUAGCAUAUGCCAGACAUUGUGACAGGUCUAUGCUCAAAGUGAAAUGAGAGGAAGCUUUUCUUUUUGUUAAAGCUGUCAAUUUAGGGAGGUUUUUUUGUUCCUUUUUUUAAUUACUAUGAAUUGGAGUUUGUUUUGUUCUUAAAUUAGUUAAGCUUUCUUUGCAAACAUUAACUUGUACAUAGCACACGUAGCAUUAGAGCUUAGUGUGCCAUAUAAGACUUUAAUUUUUCUGAGCUUAAUAUAGUAUUUAAAUGUCUGUGCAAGCAAGAGAAAUAAAGUAUAUUCUUUGUGCCUUGUAUUUUGGGGGGAGAGCUAUCAGUAUAAGCUGGUAAAGUUUUGUAUGAAGAAAACCCUGAGGGGCAAAACCGAGCUGUAUAGAUGGUAAGAUUAUAGGUUUUAAUGUAUUUGUUCCAGCUCUUAAAAUUUUUGAAUGUAUAUAGGAAUAUGUUGAAAAUGUAGAUAUAUGCCACAGAGUCUAUGUAUUGUAUAAAAGAUGGCUCUAGAAAACUCAAUUUCGGUACUUUGGCCGGAAGAAAACAAAUACUUGCACAUUAAUGCGAUUGUUUAUUUUUGUACCAAAGACAAAUGCAACUGAUAUGGCGAACUGCCAGUCUAAGUAAAGUUUUGCACAGCUUAUAUGAUACUGUACUGAAUGUAAAAACAACAGAAAAACAAAAAAAAAAAAAGAAAAAAAAUUAAAGGUCAGGGUUAGGGAUCUUACUGAACUGUGAAUUUUUUUGUUUGGGUCCAAUUAUCUACAGAAGGAGCAUUCAUACAUAACAAUAUUAUUUUUGCUGUUCUUGUAGUUCGCUUCCAUGGUAGAUAAGUUGGUGGCCGUCUUGGAGUCUUUAAAAACCUUUUUAUGUUUGUUUUCCUCUGCACUUAACUGUAGGAGAUUUUAAUAUAUUUGGAUUUUAGUAUGCUAUUGGUAAAAUAGUUUUCAACUUUGAGAAUUUAAAAGGAAGAAAAGACAAAAAAAAAAAAAAGAUAUUUAGCUUGUAGUAUACUUCCACCAAACAACCAAAAUGAACUUAUUUUUAUUGUAACGUGUAUAUAUGUAAAGAGGGAAAAAAAAAGAGCUAAAGAGCUACAGAUAUCUAAUUCCUUAGUUGCCACUUUUCCAGUUGAUGUAUUAUUAUGCAUGUGAUGUUUCCAAGGAUCAACACAGGCUUCAAAGAAAACAACAAGAGAAAAAAAAAAUUUAUAGACUUUUAUAUUUUUGUACAGCUAUUUGGAAAUUAGCUUCUUCAGACUUAUAUGUGACUUAUUCUUGUUAAUUCAGUAGUUUCUAUGAUUGAGGAAUAUUAACACACAGUUCUUAUUUGCUCUUCUGCUAAUAAGAGUUGGCUUUGUAGUCAGUGUUAACGUACAGAUUAAAAGCUUUAGCCUUUGAUGAGAAAGUCCUUUAUCUCAAGGCAAGAUCAUUCUCUGGUUUCAUGGACCCCCCCCCACCUCCCACUUUUUCCUCCCUGUUCUUUCUCUCCCUAUUUAAAGAUGACAAAACACUGUUUACUGAAAAUAGAAAUACCAAAUAUUUUCAAAUGUAGCUGCUGAAAAAAAAAAUGCAAAAGUCCAUGAAGGCUUUCUCCCCACUCCCUUUAGGGGAUUUCUCCAUUUCUGGUUUGUCUAAGUUUGUUUGUACUGUGAUUCCUUUUGUUUAUAAGUAGAUUAUUUUUAUAUCCAAGCUUGUAAUAUAAAAAGUCUGACUUGGUAAUAGUGCAGUAAGAGUGGCCGAUGAAGGUGGCAGUCUUGCCACGAAUUUGUGAGUGUGCACACAGCUUACUUUGUAUCUAAAUAUUUUGGAAGACUCAAAAGGGAGGAGGAGGCCAAAAUACCACUACUGAGCUGUACAGAAAGUCUCUCCUGCAAGAGACUGAAAAAUACCCAGGGCAAUUUAGGCAAAACUUUGUAAAUCCACUUAAGACUUGGAGGAUCUGAGUGGAAUAUGGGUGUUCUCGUUUCAGGUGGUUUGGUGGCGAUUGCUAGGGCGAGGUGAGAGUUGGCUGCUGCUUUACACAGUGGGUCAGGUGUAUUCCUGUUGUAAUUCGUGCCGGAGUCGCAGUUAUUGCAGAGAUGCAUACGGCCCAUAAAUCCCCGACGACGAAUGUCUCUUGUGAAGUCAAGGCCAUGUCUGUACCCAGAUCUGGAUACUGUUGUCCCUUUCCGACAAAUGGUGUUAAUGCACUGCUCAGAUACAAGAGCUCCUUAUGCUAUAGCCAAACAGCGUAGACAAGGCAGCAUUUCUAAACGUUUAAGAGAGCAGUUUUGCAAUCGGGUAAAAACUUGUGUGACAAAUUAAACUGACAAGGUGUUAAAAAAAGCCCCCUUUUUCUCUGCUCAGAAACACUGGGCAAAUACAACUUUAUAGCUUUUUGUUUUUGUCUGAAAACCAGAAUAUGAUUUUGGUCUAGCAUUUCAAAGUAGACUUUGAAUCUUUAGUGAAUUCCAUACCCUUGCAUUUCAGUGUUUUCUAUGUGUUAUUUUAAGUUAAAGCUUUUAAAUAGUUGAGCUUUUUAAUGUUGACACUUUAUUUUGUAACUAUUUAUAUGUAUGUAUAUCUUAGAAAAAGCACUUUGUUUAAAAAAAAAAAAAGAAGAAAAGACAAAAAAAAAAAAGGAGAAAAAAAAAAAGAGAGAGAGAAACUGCAUUUUAUAUGAUUCCUGCCACUUGCUGCUAACUCUGGGCUGGUCAGAAUGCUGCAGCGAUACUUGAUAUAGAUAAAACCUGGCAGUAAAAUGUAGAGUAAAGAUAAGACCUUUUGCUGGUUUAACUUUUAUCAUAAAGGUGACAUAGGCAAGCUGUGCAGCUUUACAUUUUAACCAGGGGACUCUGUGGCAUUUAAACCGUCUAGAAAUGGUUGUACUUUAAUGCCAGUAACAAUCUGCUUCCUCUAGUGUCAUUAAAAUAUAUACAUUUAGUGUGUAUACUUAUCACAAACAAACAAAAAAAAAUAAGGGUAUAAAACCCAACAAAUGUACGUGUUCUGUUUUUUGGCAAUUGUGGCAUGCAUUUUUGGGUGAUCUUUAGAGAAGAGCAUUUUCUAAAGAUUUUCUGUGUUCAUACAUGGUAUGUGGAUCUUAAUGAAGUCCUAGGUUUUUCUUUUGUUUGUUUUUGAGUGUAGGCAUUGUGAAUAUUCACUUUUACUCCUGUAUCCAAACCCAAUGACACGUUUGGUUUUUUUGAGUUAAUACAAACAGAAGCUCUUCCUUUCUCUGAUACACUGGACUCUCUAGAAUUUGUUUCCACAUUAAAAGCAUGCGUCCUAACUGCUCUUGUUGAGAUCUUGUCAGUCUGAACUUAGGUGCCACACUUUGAAUUGAUGGACUGCUUGUUCUGCUGUACCAUGUAUGUUUCUCGUCCUCUCCUACUUCCUUCAUGACAGAUGAUGAUGUGGCUUUAUAUUGUGCCUUACUUGUACAUCUAGAACUAAAUGUUUUUCAUUCCCUCUGAACUCUUCAAACCUAACCCUCCUGAAAUUGAAUCAGAACUGAUAAAAGCAUCCUGAAGAAAGUCUGGAUAGAUCUGAUUCCAGUUUCUCUCAGUGGUAGUCCUUUUGUAUUUAUAUGGGAGACCAGUUUUUGAAUGGCCUUGCAAAACGUGGGGGUGCUCAUGAAGGGUGUUUUUUAGCCCUAAAACCCCUUUUGCUAACGCUUCUUUUUAAGGUUUAUUGAACACAUACACUUGGUGAGUACUUUUUUUGGAGAUGAGAGAGACUUACUACUAAAGCUAUGUUUACGUGUGGAUGGGCUGGAUUUUCUUACCUUACCAGUUGAAAUCAUUGUGAUUUCAUGAAGUUGUGUUGCUGUAAAUCUGAAGUGAGAGUCAGGCUCAGCUUGUGUUCAGUUCCUAAUCCUUUAUAGAUAAGACUUUGUUCCAUACUAAGAGGGCCAGGAGAAAGUUCUUUUUAAACAAACAUGCAAACAAAAACCUGAAAUAGAGGAGGAGUCUUUUAACUAACCUAAAAGCAACCAGACACUUUUGAAAUAGUGGUGUCAGUUUUUAUUUUAUUUUAAAGAGAUCCCAUCUUCCCCCCCCCCCCACUAUUUAUCUGAUAUUUGCCUUUAUUAAUAAAACAGUUAGCUUCUUCACAGAAUAUAAAGACUGGAUGUGCUUUUAUUUUCCAUAAAUCUUUUGAACAUAGAUAUUUUUUUAAAGCUCUAAGAGGCUUUAUCAGGAGAAUUUCAAAGGGUUGUAUACAAGUUGCCUUCAGCAGAAAUAGCAGAUGCAAUUCUGUUCCUCAAACGUGCUUGCUAGUCUUCCUGAAAUUCUGUUGAGGCAUAACCCAGCUACGUACCUGCGUACCGUGAAUGUUAGCAUCUGUAUUUGGCCUUGAGACCUGAGUUUCAAGAACGCAUCUAAUCAUGAUUUUGCUUAGUUUUUUUAAGUUGGGAGGCUUCAGUUGGAAUCAUCCAGUUAAGUGUGCUGCUAGAUGUGGUCUUGGCUUAUUAACACAGCCUUGCACACAGCCGAGGUUUAUUUUGUUUACCCCAGGGAUCGUGUGAAGUACAUUUCAAACAGUUACUGCUUCAGUGACUGAUUCUUUCUGUAACUGUAUUAAGGGCAUUAGUAUGUUGAGAAAACACCACUCUUGAAUCUCUCCCAGUAUAAUUUGGGAUUCUUAAAUGUCAUUAAUAAAAAAUGGCACUUUUAGGUUAUAUCUCUUCUUUGCAGCAUACAAAAAUGUCUCUAUCUUUGUACAAUUUGCAUUUAACAACAUGCCAUGUUUCCCCCCCCAGUGCUUCUAGCAUGAUAAGAAGGUGUGUGUGCACUGAAUUAUAAUCCUCAGCCUCUUAGACAUUCAUGGACUUCCACAAGAGCAAAUACUGACUAUGCAUUUAUUGUCGUUCUGAUGAGCUCUGGAGCUAAAAGUGGAGACAGAGCUAUUCCAAGCCACACUUUGGGGGUUUUGGGGGUUGUUGUUUGGUGGUUUUUACCCAUUAAACAAGAAAGCUAAACCUCCAAACUUUACAGGUAACAUCAGCGUGGCAGAGACUUCAGAAUUAUUUUGUAGUCAGAUGCCUAAGUCAAAUUUGGGCGAGUUAAAUAGCUACUGUAAGGAAAACUUCUGGAUUGGAGCUGGCAUUGGCAGUAGCCUGCUCUGCUCUGAUUAAGAGAGAGGCUGUAGUAGCAUUGAAUUUUAUUAAUCUAUCUCGUGGAUAGCCACACCUUCCGAUUUGAAUCGCCUCUUUUCCCAGAACAUCACAUCCAGAUGAAACUUACUGCUCAGUAUUUGUGGUUGGGUGAACUCUUAAGGCUGAUGGCACAUGCAGAUGAAGGUGGUUGACGGGGGGG